UUUCCUCAAAAUUCUAAUUCAUUUUCUGCCAGCUGGGUAAACCGUAGAGGUUAUGGAAAAUUGUUAUUGAUCUAAAAAUUACUUUUAAGACUGAAAUUUGUAUUAAAAUGAAGAUUUACACAAACGAAAACAACACUUCCACGCUAAAGCUGCUUAUUGCGGCUAAUUUAGCGGGCAAGAAAGUGGAUCUUGUCAGUGCUUCUUUCGAAGACGAUGUAUUCGCAGGGCCACGCCAACUCCCCCUACUGGAGGUCGACGACAACUUGACAUUCUUCUCGAGUAAUGCCGCAGCGUCAUACCUGUUCCCAGUUCUUGAUUUGACGGAUGAUGGACAAAGCCAACAGAUGCAAGAAUGGGAAGCGACGCGGCUCCACCCAGCUGUCGCAGCGGUGCUGACUGCCAAGUCAGUGGCUUCAGAUCUCAAACAAGCUCUUCAAGCUCAACUCUCGACUAUAGAUACUACUUUGGCAAAACACAAGUAUAUACUAGGGGACAAACUGUCAGCGGCAGACAUCUCCAUAUGGAGUACACUAUAUCCCAUUUACUACAACCCUGAUCUCAAGUCAGGGUACCUGGCAGAAUGCUCACACAUUACAAGGUGGAUUGAAGAAUUGGCCAGUGCUAAGGCUAUACAGGAAGCUGUGAAACAGUGGGGUGGCUCCGCUGCGGGUCCAUUUGGAUCAUCAUCAGCUCUGGGCAUUCCUCAAGUGGCUAGUUUACCCUCGCCUGUCGGUUCACCAGACGAGGGCGCUGCAGUCGAAUUAGGUCCUACUGCCGAAGAAAUACAAGCGGCCAAAGACAAUUGGCUGAAUGGUCACAAGAAACUACAGAAGCCUUUGAUUCCCGGAAAAUUAGUAUUACCAGUAAAAGACAGGAAAAACGUAUUAAUAACAUCAGCGCUACCGUACGUCAACAACGUACCGCAUUUGGGGAAUAUCAUUGGUUGCGUUCUCUCUGCGGAUAUAUUUGCCAGGUACUGUCGAUUAUGCGACUACAACACCCUGUAUAUAAGCGGCACAGACGAGUACGGGACGGCAACGGAAACUAAGGCUCUAGAAGAAGGCAUAACUCCCCGUGAGAUCUGUGACAAAUACUUCGACAUUCACAACUCGGUGUAUCGCUGGUUCAAUAUCGGAUUCGAUUAUUUCGGCCGAACGAGUACACCACAGCAGACUGAAAUCGCCCAGAAAAUGUUCCUGAAGCUAAAAGACAAUGGGUUCGUCAGCUCGCAGUCAGUGGACCAGCUACUCUGCACCAACUGUGACAGGUUCCUCGCAGACAGGUUUGUAGAAGGUACAUGCCCCUACCCUGGCUGCGGGUACGAAGGUGCCCGGGGUGACCAGUGUGAUAAAUGUGGCAAGUUGAUCACUGCCACCGAACUAAUAACGCCACGAUGUAAGGUCUGCGGGACGACCCCAUCCGUGACCCCCAGCCGACAGUUGUUUAUAGAAUUGGGACAGCUAGAACCAUCGCUCCGAACUUGGAUUGCCUCGACGGAGAAGCAAUGGUCGCCGCCGGCGAGGGCUGUGUCUCGAGCGUGGAUGAGGGAACCCCUCCGAGCUAGGGCAGUCACUAGAGACCUUAAGUGGGGGGUGCCCGUACCAGUAGAGGGGUAUACGAAUAAAGUGUUCUAUGUAUGGUUCGACGCGCCUAUAGGCUACCUCAGCAUCACCCAGAACGCGACUAAAGAAUUCGAAAAAUGGUGGAAACCCGAUAAAGAAUAUAAUGUAAAACUAUACCAGUUUAUGGCCAAGGAUAACGUUCCGUUCCACUGCAUCAUGUUCCCUGCCACUUUGAUGGGGGUAAACGAAGGCCACGUACUCGUCAGUCAUCUUUACGCCACAGAAUAUCUAAACUACGAGGAUGGCAAGUUCUCAAAAUCUAGAGGCGUGGGUGUCUUCGGAACUGAUGCUCAGGACACGGGUAUACCAUCAGACGUGUGGAGGUUCUACCUGGCCAGCAUCCGGCCUGAAACUUCAGACUCGAGUUUCAGCUGGAUCGAACUUGGCACCAGGAACAAUUCGGAGUUAUUAAACAAUUUGGGUAACUUCUGUCAUCGGUCGUUGAGUUUCUGUGCGAACACGUUCAAGGGUCGAGUCCCGGACGUGGCAUUUACACAGGCAGACUUCGAGCUCAUCGCUUUAGUCAAUAGGGAGGUUGUUGCGUACGUACAACACAUGGAGAAGGGUCGACUCCGCGAGGCUCUACGCCACGUCCUGUCGAUAUCUCGGCUUGGAAACCAGCAUAUGCAGUUCCAGCAGCCCUGGGUUCUGCUCAAAGGGUCUGAUGAUGACAAGAAAUGUGGAGCCACCGCUAUAGGUCUAUGCUGUCAGCUAGUAGCUUUACUAUGCGCUCUGCUUACACCGUAUCUGCCGGAGACCACGAGGAAGCUCAGAGAACAGCUCAAAUUGAAGCCAGAAGCGCUGAGGAUCAAUCCUGAGAAUCCGUCGCUGAUACAGUAUUUACCAGCGGGACAUGUCAUCGGCAAACCGGAACCAUUGUUCGCCAAGAUUGAAACGGAGUUACUAUACAAGCUGAGGGCCAAAUAUGCUGGCACACAGAGCGAAAGGGCCAAUAAGGAAAAUGGUUCAGCUGGAACCGUCGCCGAUCUCGAAGAAGCUGUUAAGCAACAGGGUGAAAAAGUGCGUCAAUUAAAAGCGUCAACUAAAGACAAGACGGUAUGGCAGCCUGAGGUAACCAAGCUGCUGGAGCUGAAGAAGCAGCUCGAAGCUGCGAAGCAAUCAGCUCCAGCGGCCCCUGCAUCCACCAGCGUCGAAGCACUGGAGAAAGAAAUCGCAGAUCAGGGUGAUAAAGUGCGUCAAUUAAAAGCGUCAACUAAAGACAAGACGGUAUGGCAGCCUGAGGUAACCAAGCUGCUGGAGUUGAAGAAACGGCUCGAAGACGCGAAGCUCCAAGCUGCAUUACAAUCUACAGUCGCUAAAGGAGCUGGAGACGUCAGUGCUAUGGAGAAAGCUGUGGCGGAACAAGCGGACAAAGUGAGAAAAUUAAAAGCUUCUACAAAGGACAAGACAGUCUGGCAGCCCGAGGUUAACAAACUGUUGGACCUUAAGAAGCAAUUAGCUGAUCUACAGAUUAAAAAAUAAAUUAUUAUUUAUUUAUUGAAA